GCGGCGCGCGGCGGCUUGAGGGGGACGCGGCGCUGCCACCAUGGGCUGCUGCACCGGCCGCUGCACUCUGAUCUUCCUCUGCACGCUGCAGUUGUUAGCUGCCCUGGAGAGACAGAUCUUUGACUUCCUUGGAUUCCAGUGGGCCCCCAUACUUGGUAAUUUUCUGCACAUAAUAGCUGUCAUUUUGGGUUUGUUUGGAACCAUACAAUACAGACCUCGAUAUAUAGUUGUGUACUCAGUAUGGACUGCUCUCUGGGUCACAUGGAAUGUUUUCAUUAUCUGCUUCUAUUUGGAAGUAGGCGGGCUUUCUAAGGAAACUGACCUCAUGACCUUUAACAUCUCAAUGCAUCGGUCCUGGUGGCGAGAACAUGGGCCAGGCUGCAUACGAAGAGUGGUGCGUCCUUCAGCUCCUGGGAUUUUAGAUGAUUUUUCCUAUGUCUCUGUGACAGGCUGCAUCAUUGACUUCCAGUACCUAGAGGUCAUUCACAGUGCCAUCCAAAUAUUUCUCUCUUUGAUUGGUUUUGUCUAUGCCUGUUAUGUGAUCAGUGUCUUCAUGGAGGAAGAGGACAGCUGUAAGUACUGAUACGCACCUACCCAUCUCUGGAGCCACAAACCUAGGGUGAGAUUUAGU